CCGGGUUGAUAGGCUAGAAUACUAGAAUAUUCUUAACUUUUGAAGAUAAAAGACCUGAUAAGUCUUCCUCGGCGGUCAACAAUGAAAGACAAUUCGGUUCGCGCACGCUCCAUGUCGUCCUCGGUGGAAGUAAGAGCAUAACUCAAGUUGGCUCCUUUUUCGAAUCUGCUAUAGCGAUAAUCGACAGGUUUAUAGAUAGCCCGCAGAUAUGGCUGCGGAGACGGAGAAAAAAAUGCACGACGAUGCCAUCUCAACGGGCUCGGCCCCGGCGGUGUCCCUGCAAGAGGCCCAGACCAUGGCCGACGUAAUCCGGAACGCGAAACUCGCGACCGAGAAGGAGCACAAGAUGACCUUAUUGCAAGGUCUCAAGUUGUAUCCUAAGGCUAUCGCGUGGAGUAUCCUCAUCUCGACAUGCAUCGUAAUGGAGGGUUACGACGUCUCCUUGGUCAACAACUUCUACGCCUUUCCGCAAUUCAACGAGAAGUACGGCGUCGCAUCGACUGGCGCUGACGGCACGGUUACCUACCAAGUCCCGGCAGCGUGGCAGGCUGGGUUGAGUAACGGCGCGGUAGUGGGCGAGAUCAUCGGCCUGCUACUUAACGGCUGGGUCUCCGAGCGGUUCGGGUAUCGAUACACGGUAAUUGGUUGUCUUGUGCUCGUCGCGGGUUUCACCGCCAUCUUCUUCACGGCCCAGACCGUCGUACACCUACAGGUCGCCGAGAUCUUGUGCGGUAUCCCGUGGGGCGUCUUCCAGACCCUGACUAUCACUUACGCCUCCGAGGUCUGCCCUGUAGCUCUGCGUGGCUACCUGACGACUUACAUCAACUUCUGCUGGGGCGUGGGCCAGAUGAUCGGUAUUGGUGUCAUUAUGGGCAACCUCUGGCGCACCGACGAAUGGGCAUAUCGUAUACCGUACGCGCUCCAGUGGAUGUGGCCGCUGCCUCUUAUUAUCGGAAUCUGCUUUGCCCCUGAAUCGCCUUGGUGGCUUGUAAGAAGAGGGAAACUCGAUGAUGCCAAGCGAUCGCUUCUUCGCCUAACCAGUCUAGAUCGAGAGACUAACUUCGAUGCGGACGAGACGAUUGCGAUGAUGGUACAUACCACAGCGUUAGAACAGAAGAUCACCAAAGGAGCUAGCUAUCUCGACUGCUUUAAGGGGAUUGACAGGCGCCGCACAGAAAUCGUGUGUAUGUGCUGGGCAAUCCAAAACCUGAGCGGCAACUCAUUUUCCAACUAUUCGACCUACUUCUUAGAGCAGGCCGGCCUAGCCAGCGACAAGGCCUACGCGUUUGCCAUGGGCCAGUACGCCAUCAACUGCGCAGGUGUCUUUGGCGCCUGGACGCUUAUCACCCUCGGAGUAGGACGAAGGACGCUGUAUCUAUACGGUCUUGCUUCUCUCUUCGUCAUGCUUAUGAUCCUCGGCUUCCUCGGAUUAGCCCCUGAUAGGAACGCCGCAUCCCUCGCGACAGGCAGCAUCAUGUUAGUGUGGGCUCUGUGCUAUCAGCUGACCGUGGGCACUGUCUGCUACUCUCUAGUUGCGGAAAUAUCGACAAGACGUCUCCAGAUUAAGACCGUAGUUCUCGGCCGUAUUCUCUACAAUAUCGUUGGCAUCAUUUGUGGCGUAUUAACGCCGUACAUGCUGAAUCCUUUAGCUUGGGACUGGGGUAAUUAUGCCGGAUUUUUCUGGGCGGGCUCUUGUUUCCUCUGCUUCGUGUAUACUUUCUUCCGCGUGCCCGAGCCAGCAGGACGCACGUUUGCGGAGUUGGAUCUCCUGUUCGAGCAGAAGAUAAGUGCGAGGAAGUUCGCAUCGACCAACGUCGACGUAUUCGCCGAGCGCAUCGGAGGCGAUGUUAUCAAUAAGUACAAAGACCAACUUGACAUUGCAAAAAUAGAUAUCAAGGUAUGAAACGCAAUGAACGAUUGAUGAUAUACCGGGGUAAUGGGUGCAUGGCGCGAGGCUCGGAGGAAGAUACCCCUUUACAUAGUUUGGAAAGCCGUGUUCAUAAUUGGUAAGUAGCCUUGCGAUCUCGAAGCGUUGUGUAUAUAUUCUUAAUGUCUAUUUAAUGAAAAAAACAACCCAUCAAUAUUGAAA